UUUCACCAUAGUCAUGCCAUCCCAUCAUCAGCCUUCCCAGCAGUUUUCAUCAUUCCUAAAUUUCCCAGAGAUGUUCAGACAAAAUUGGACCAAAAACCGCCAUGCAAUAUUGAGAGAUCCGAUCGGAACAAAAUCGUGAGAACAUUGUAUGAAACCAUGGCCCUGAUCAAAAUGUUCCCGACCAAUGAUGACUAUGUGAAAGUGUGCAAGGCCCUGAUUUUGAAGUACCCUUUCUUAAAGGACAAAGAAGGCAAUGGUUAUCAUACCUGGCACAUGUCUCUCAAACGUAAGUUCAAAUAUGAGCGAGUGCCACUGAUAGAUGAUGAGGAGGUGAGAAGAAUGAAACUGAAAUUUGGUCAUCACAAAAAGCCUUUGCAACACGAAGAAAACACAAGCAAACGAGCCAAGACAUCAAAGGAGGUGGAUAUUAUUGGGGAGGAUGAUACCUCAGUAGCGAGCCAUGUGAAAGUCCUGCAGGACCAGUACCGGAAGACACAGCCAGAUGCCCGAAUGGUGGAGGAACGGAUGAUGAGGACAUUCGCUUGGAGAAGGCGAGAGAUCGCCAAUGGGAUGACUGUCGAAGAAGCCAUUAACAAAUAUCCAUUCCUUAAGAGUCCAUGUGGGCUAUUUCAGGAAAUGGGCCGGCUUCAUGAUGAAAUGAAUAUCUGCCGAAGAUUCGAAGAUGGCUUUAGGGUCCUAGUACCCACAGUGCUUAGAUUGACUCAAAGCAAAUCUCCCCUUGCAGAUCUGGUUUUGGAGGAAAGAGAGGCUGCCCUCACCGAAGAUGUCCCUGGGAUUGAUUUCAGAGCUGCAAUCCUGCUGUUGCCGAUCCUGUUCAGGGAGAAAAAUGACAUUCUCGUCAUACUUGGGAAGGAUCAGCCACCAUCGCCAUAUCCUACUGUACAACUUGACGCUGUCGCUGACUGGAGGACUGUGCUCACUCGAAGGGUCCCUGCAGUGGUCAAACUGGAUGGACAGUCAGUCUGCAUGGCGCUUGGUUUGGAGGAAGGUGUUAUUGCUGCUUUUUGUGCUUACUUCAUCUACAACGUGGCAUAUCCAUCUCGCCUGAAGAACACCCUGAUAUUCAUUCAACGAUAUGUUCUAAAAAUGUCUGAGGUUGGUGACAAGCCUCUACCUGUUAGUGUGACCAGGGUCAUCAACAUUUUAGCUUGA